AGGGCUAACAGCUGAUCUUCCACAUGGUCAAAGCGAUGUUAAUCCAGUCAGUUUGAGCAGGAGCCACUAAUUCGCCGGACACCAUCAUGGGCCUGCUCUCCAUCCUGCGGAGGUUGAAGCAUCCUCAAGAACAAGAAGUGCGCUUGCUCCUACUCGGCCUGGACAAUGCCGGCAAGACCACACUACUUAAACAGCUGGCUGCUGAAGACAUCAGUCACAUCACGCCAACACAAGGCUUCAACAUCAAAAGCGUCCAGUCAUCUGGCUUCAAGUUGACCGUGUGGGACAUCGGAGGGCAGCGGAAAAUUCGCCCCUAUUGGAAGAAUUACUUUGAGAAUACACAUGUGCUGAUUUAUGUGAUUGACUGCUCAGACAAAAAGCGUUUUGAAGAAACAAGUAUGGAGUUGGCCGAGCUGCUGGAGGAGGAGGAUCUGAGCAGUGUGCCUCUACUGGUUUUCGCCAAUAAACAGGAUCUGACCGCAGCCAUGUCGGCCUCUGAGCUGGCCGAGGGUCUGAACCUGCACACGGUUCGAGAUCGAAUGUGGCAAGUGCAAGCAUGCUCUGCUCUUACUGCCGAGGGACUGCAGGAUGGCAUGAGCUGGGUCUGCAGGAAUAUAAGGUUUCGGAAGAAAUGAAGAUCAGAUGGUUUUCUCUAAAUCUGACCUUUUAUUUGUACAUGUUAAGUGGAGCAUUGAUGUCAUGUUCUGUCAAACACAACAUCUUAUGUCAACUUGCAUCUCCUUGAGAUCCAAAAGGACUGUGUAUGUAAAUAUGACAUAUUUAUGUGAAAACUGUGUGCACGAUGUAUAAUGCAAAAGGUAUUGUUGUUAACUGUCAGAAACAACUGACAAAAAAAAAAAAAAUCUGUUUUGUGCAAUGUCCCAAAAUACACCCUAGAGGGAGACCUCUUACCGUUCACAAAUAUCUCAUUGAUUAUGUUUGUACUGUAGUAUGCUUAUACAACAAUUGAUCGUUUUUUAUGGCAAUCCAAUUUGUGUUCGGUGUUCCAGUACCAAAUACAAGGUAGCUAACUCGCGAAAAUUGAUUGAUAGAAUGAGUUUCAUGCACACAUUGUGUUCAUGUCAAUAGGCAAGUUCAUAUUGAAUGAAGUAAGGUCGUGUCAGCAAAUUUCUUGACACUCACAAUAAAAAUGAAGAACUACAAAUUGAAACCAUGUACUGUACACCUACAAAAAUUUAAAUUGAAAUGACCCUGGGAAAAGUGUGACUUUACAAGUAGGACUCUUCUGCAACAACAUGUGAAAAAAUGUCUUCUCUUUUUAAUAUUUUUUUAAACUGUUCAGUGUCCUUGGUUUAUGAGGCUUUCCUGUCUGGAAAAGAGGGAUGUUGAGACAUCAUCAACACUAUUUUGCAACAACAAAAAAGCCACAAGUUGAUAUUUGGAGGCAAAACGCAACCAUCAGUAAGAACAUUUUGGAACAGAUACAGACAUGAGAAAAAAAAAACAAUUGACCAAAUAUGGAUUGUAGGAAAAGUGGGAUUUUUCUGGCCUCUAUGCUAAGAGGUCAGAAGGCCUGGAUACCAAAGUAUGACUUAUUGUAAUUAGGACUCCUGUCAAUUCUACUCCAAAUAAAAUAAUUAAAAUGCAAUAAAAGAUACAAGAUGUUGUAAUGGUUGUGGAGUGUGGCCCUUCACAAAAACAAAUGUAUUCUCUUUCAAUAUGGUGUUAUAUGACUUUGGAGACUUCUUAAUCCUGUUGGUUGGACAAAGUUCCUUGGCAGCAAGGGUGUGAAAUACAAUUUUGUGACUAUGAAUCUGAAAAAUAUUGACUGGAAUGAGAACUCUUGCAAAUAUUUUAAGACUUUUGGGGGUUUAGUCUUGUUACCAUGUUGCGGGUUUGGGUGGCUUUUAAAGCUCUCCUGGUUGGAAAGAGAUGGGUCUCUGGUGUGACUUGGAUGACCUUCUGUCAAAUGUAUUAAAAUGCAAAAAAGGAUCAGCAAUUUAAACAAAUUAUAGCCUACAUUACGUCUUAAUACAUAUUUGCAGUAGACGCCAUUGCAUUUUGCUUUUGUUUUCAGUUUGUCUUGAGCGGCACAUUUGCGGCAUUAAUCCAAAGUGACCAAGUGCUCCGCUGUGGUCCGACAGGACAUUUACAUAAAAGGCUUUUUCCACAACUAAUAGCUCCCUGCUACAAUUUGCAUUUAUAUAGGCCCCUUUGUAGUGACAUGAUUUGGUGCCUUUACCCAUGAUAAAAUAAACCU